CCAGCCAGCACCCAGUCUCGGUCCAUCCUCCAGUAACUUACAGGCAUCAUGAGCAAGCUUCCCACCAUCUUCAACCCCACCGCGCAGGACAUCGAGAUGCUCCUUGCUGCCAACACCCACAUUGGUGCCAAGAACUGCGAGGUCCGCAUGGAGCCUUACGUUUACAAGCGCCGUCCCGACGGUGUUAACCUCAUCAACCUCCAGAAGACCUGGGAGAAGAUCGUUCUCGCUGCCCGUAUCAUCGCCACCAUCGAGAACCCUUCUGACGUCUGUGUCAUCUCUGCUCGUCCCUACGGUCAGCGUGCUGUCCUCAAGUUCGCCAACCACACCGGUUCCACCCCCAUCGCCGGUCGUUUCACCCCCGGUUCCUUGACCAACCACGCCGUCCGUGCCUUCAAGGAGCCCCGUCUCUUGAUCGUCACCGACCCCCGCACCGACCACCAGGCCAUCAAGGAGGCUUCCUACGUCAACAUCCCCGUCAUCGCCAUCUGCGACACUGACUCCCCCCUCCAGCACGUUGACGUUGCCAUCCCCGCCAACAACAAGGGUCGUCACUCCAUCGGUCUCGUCUGGUGGUUGUUGGCCCGUGAGGUCCUCCGUCUCCGUGGUGUCAUUCCCUCCCGCGAUGCCGCCUGGAAUGUCAUGGUCGACUUGUACUUCUACCGCGACCCUGAAGAGGCCGAGAAGGAGGCCGAGGCCGCUGAGGCUGAGGUCCCUGCUGAGACCGCUCCCGAGUACACUGGUGACGCUGCCGACUGGGAGGUUGCCGGUACCGGUGUUGCCGCUGUCGCUGCUACCGCUACUGCUACCGCUGAGGCUUCCGGUGAGGCUUCCUGGGAUGCUGCCCCCGCUGGCUCAUCCGACUGGGCCGGUGAUGCCGCUCAGGUCCAGGCCACCACCUCCUGGGACGCUUAA